UUUCUUACUAAUCAAGUGGCCGCAACAAGCUUAUGUAAUCAAGCUCAAGUUGGAAUCAGAAACAAGAACAUCCUUCUUCAUUUACACAGGGCUUUUAAGAUGGUGACAAGAAGUGUGGAUCUACGAUCAGACACCGUGACAAGACCCACUGAUGCUAUGCGCGAAGCAAUGGCUAGUGCAGAAGUGGACGAUGACAUCCUUGGCUACGACCCAACAGCUCGACAUCUUGAAGAGGAGAUGGCUAAGAUGAUGGGUAAAGAGGCAGCUCUCUUCGUGCCAUCCGGCACAAUGGGGAAUCUAAUAUGCGUUAUGGUUCACUGCGAAAUGAGAGGCAGCGAGGUGAUUCUUGGAGACAACUCCCACAUCCAUGUUUACGAGAAUGGAGGGAUAUCAACAAUAGGAGGCGUGCAUCCCAAGACAGUCAAGAAUGAAGAAGACGGGACGAUGGAGUUGGGGGCUAUAGAAGCAGCUAUUAGAGACCCUAAAGGAAGCACGUUUUAUCCAUCUACAAUGUUGAUUUGCUUGGAGAACACACACGCCAACUCUGGUGGGAGAUGUUUGAGCGCUGAAUACACAGAUAGUGUUGGAAAGAUUGCGAAGAGACAUGGACUGAAGCUUCAUAUCGAUGGAGCUCGCCUCUUUAAUGCUUCCAUU